GUGAAGAAGGACUGUAGCGCAAAACACGGUCUUCAACAACCGGUGUCAGCAAGUUGCAGCAUUUCGCCAGCAUCUGUUCACAGAACCCGGCAGCUUGCAACUUGCCAACCACUGUCAAUACAGCUGUUUUAGUCUUCUGGUUGAUGGGGGAGCCCAGGGGCAACUAGGGGUAGACUCAGCUUCUGUAUAGACUGCUACUGUACUAGACUGCCCUAUCCACCAGGCCGGCUUUACGCGCCCCCAUCCCCCGCGCCUAGCCUAGCUCCUACAGUCGUGUGAUACAAGCAAAGGAGUUGAGGGGGGCAAUGACGGGCAAUGAGAACAGCCCAGACGCAGCAGGGGGCAGGCACCCUGUGAAUCGGCUGCCGAAGCACUGGUAUCUGGCCAUCGUGUACUUCAAUGUGGUGCUGUACAGCAUCUGCUGGAUGGCUCAGGCCCCUGUCCUUCCAUACCUGGUGGACUCGCUGGGCGCUUCCGGGAGCAUGCAGUAUGCGCGCCUCCAGACCGCGUUCAGCGCUAUCCAGUUCAUCGGCGGCCUCGUCUCUGGCCCACUGAUGGACCGCUACGGCGGGCGCUGGCUGCUGGCGGUUUCCUUCGGCGCGAGCCUGGCGUGCUACGGCCUCACCGCGACCGCAAGUAGCAUUUGGGGGCUGUACCUGAGCCGCGUGCCUACCGUGCUGCAGCACGCCGUGCUGGCGGCGCGGGCCAUCGUCGCGCAGCUGUCUUCGGACGGUGACCGGGCGCGCGUGCUGGGCUACGUAGCCGUCUCUUACAGUGUGGGCUUCACGGUGGGCCCCGCCAUCGGCGGCUGGCUGAGCGCCAGGUCGCUGCAGCUCGCGGCGUGGACCGCCACCGUGGGCUCGGCAGUGAGCCUGGUCAUGAUCCUGGCGCUGCUGCCGGACCUACCUAGCCACGCUGAUGCGCAUCAUAAGAACCAAUCAGCUAAGGGCAGCGAGCAGGAGCACGGCAGCGGUAAUGGUGUCGCACAGGCGGGCGAUACCGCGCACGACGGUGCCGCAUCACCGGUCGACGGCAAGACGGGCGGGAUGAAGGCAAUGCUGUCAUCCUUUGUAGAGGUGGCCAGGCGGCCGGGCGUAUCUGACCUGCUGCUGGGCAAGGUGCUGAUGGGGCUGGGGUCAGCAGUGUAUCAGUCCCAUUUCGCCGUACUGCUGAAGCAGCAGUACGGCCUGGAUCCCAACCGCAACGGCAUGGUCAUGUCGUACGUGGGCUUCCUGCUACUUGGUGGCCAGGGGCUGCUGGUGGGGCCCGUCAUUGCCGCCGUGGGCGAGCCGGCCGUGGAGCUGGGCUGUGCGGCGGCGCUGGUGGGCGUCUUCCUGGCCCUGUCGGCGUGCAGGACCAUGUGGCAGCUGCUGGUUCUCAUGGUGCCGUACGCAGUGGCGGGCAUGCUGUACAGCAACGCCUCCACCUCGCGGCUCACAAAGGCCGUCCUGCCGCAGCAGCGCGGCACCGCGCUUGCCAUCGACAUGAGCCUCAGCAGCGGUGUGCGCAUGCUGAGUCCGACGCUGGGUGCGGCUGCGGCGGACCGGCUGGGUCACCAGGCAGUGCCGCUGCUGGGGGCGGGACUGGUGGGGCUGUUCCUAGUGGCGUUGCAGCUCGGGCUGGCGCGGAUACCGCUGCCGCAGACCGUGCGCGGUCGGUGGGGGCUGUUUGGGGGCGGCGGAUCUGGGGCGAGAGGCGGGGCUGAGACCAAGGAGGAGAGCAAGAAGGAUUGAGCUGUAGCAGACUGCCCUUGUGAAAGUGGACGUGAUUUUGGUGUUGCACGGCUCCCAGCAUGUGACCGCAUGCACCUUCACGGACCCGAGUGUCUGAGAUAUGAAUAUUUGCUACGUGCCACACACAGGCAUGGCGCACAGUGUGAAAGACACAUUAUUAUUGCUCGUGUGCUUUGACAGUUGACACCGUACCUCCAGCAUAUCUUCAUCUGAAACAACUGCAGUUGUUCGAGUGCAGUUUUAUGUUGUUGUUGGUUACAAGGUGGUGUGCACGAGCAUGCGUUGUUCGAGUGCUCGGGCCGACUGCGCCGACGUGCCCCUGGCACGAUUGUAUCCCCGACUCAAUGAAGCUUCGACUUGGAUUCAGCGGGGGGCGGGGGCGACUGCCUGUAAAGCCAAGGUCAU